AUGAGGGCGGUGGUGUCGAUAUCGCAGGACCGAUACCUUUCUGUGACGGAGCUUCCCGCCUUGACUGGCCGCGGCUGCGCAGGCGGCGGCGCGGCGAGCGGCGGACAGGCGGCGCCGCCAGCCGAGGGGCGGCAGGGCGCGGGCAGCGACGCCAGCAGCUGGCGCGCACGGGCGCCGGCGGUGGAGGGGCCAGCGCAGCAGCAGCUGCUGCAGCAGCAGCAGCAGCAGCAGCAGCAGCAGCAGCAGCAGUGGCGAGGGCCGCAGCAGCCGGGACCCCCGAGCACUACGGACGGCAGCAGCGGCGGCGGCGUGCUCUGGCGGAUUGCAGGGCUUGGGGGCUAUGCAUACUGCUGCGCCACAACCUCGGCUGGCAAGGUUGGUAAGGGCCUGCUGGCGGUGGCCUGCGGCGAUAAGACAGUGCGGAUCGCCACGCUGGCGCCAGGCUGCUGUGCUGCCGCCAGCGGCGGCGGCGGCGGCGGUAGCGGCAGCGUUGCGGGCGGCGCGGCAGCAGGGGGCGCUUUGACCGCGGCAGCGGGCAGCGCGGACGGGCCGGCGCCGCGCGCGCCGCCUGUUGUGGAUGCGUCCAAGGGGGCGGCCAUCGUUUGGCAGGGGCUGCAGGAAAAAGUCCUGUGCCUGGCCUGGCAUCCCAGCAACCCAGGCCUGCUGGCCUACGGCUGCGGAGACGGCCGCGUCGGCCUCAUCUCCGCCAAGGCGCAGCAGGCGCAGCCCUUCGCGCUGCGGCACUCGGGGCCCGCGCUGCACCUCAGCUGGCAGCUGCUGCGGCCGCACCACCAGCCCCUCUCCCCGCUGCCACCGCCGCCGCCGCAGCAGCAGCAGCAGCAGCAGCAGCAGCAGCAGCAGCAGCAGGAACGCGUCGCAGACUGCGGCGCCGCAGGUGGUGACUCAGCAGCGCCCUCGUCCCAGCACCAGCCCCCCUCCCCGGCGUCUACGGCCGGCUCGUCAUCCGCCCCAUCCGCCGCAGCCACCCAUUCUCCGGCGCCAGCGGCGGCACUGUACUCGUUGGGGGGCGAGGGCUGCGUCUUGAAGUGGCCCGCGACGCCCGCCGCGGCCGCCGCGGGCAGGGGCAAGGCCAGCGACGCGGCGGCGCGUGGCGCCGCGACGGGCGCAGACGCGGCGCCCGUCGACGUGAGUGCAGCCCUGGAGGAGGCGUGGGCGGCCUUCCGCCAGCAAGACGCGCAGCGGCCGUCCGGCGGCGGCGGCAGCGGCCUCGAGCACACCACGGCCGACGCCGGCGCGGGCGCACCCCGAGAGGACCCGGCCGCCGCAGCAACGGCGGCAGCGACGGCGGCGGCGGCGGCCGCUGCGACGAGCGCACCGGCUGUCAAAUGGAGCGCGCUGGCUUGGCACCCCGACGGGCGCGUGCUGGCCGCCGCCAGCGAGGCGGGUGCCGUUGUCGUCUUUUUGGAGGUGCCCGCAGCUGCCGCGGUGGGCCUGGGGCCGCCGCCUGGCGCCCCUUCCGUCCCGGCGUCUGCGGCUGCAGCGGCAGGUGUGCCGGGUUGGAGCGUCAUACAUUGCUUCCACACCAGCGGCUUUCCGAUAUCCCACCUGCGCUGGGGCCAGGGGGUGGGCGGGCGCGCCCUGCUGGCAGCGGCUGAUCAGCGGACGGUGCACGUCUGCGGCUGGCCAGGCGGCGUUGGCGGCGAGACGGUGGUGCUCGCGGAGCAGCUGCGGCCGCAGGACUGGUUUGACGGGGGGCAGGUGGUUGACCAGAAGCAGCAGGAGCAGCAGCAGGCGCAGCAGCAGGCGCAGCAGCAGGAGCAGCAGCAGGCGCAGCAGCAGGAGCAGCAGCAGGAGCAGCAGCAGGCGCAGCAGCAGGAGCAGCAGCAGGAGCAGCAGCAAGCGCCGCAGGGCGGGGGGAGCGGCGGCGAGGGCGGCGGGGGCGGCGCCGCCCCUUGGCCGCGUGUGCAGGCGCUGCCGGCGCUGCCGGCGUCCGCCAAGGGCCUGAGGGAUGUGGCGUUCGCUGCGGACGGUCUGGUGUGUGUCGCGCGCGGCGACGGCGCCAUCCAGCUUUGGGCGCUCGACGCUGAGCUGGACGCGGCGCCCAGGGCGGUCGCGCUCGUGCGGGGGCACUCGGAGGCGGUUCAGUGCGUGUGUGAUGUGGCCGGCCAACCGGGUGUGCUGGUGUCGGGGUCGGCGGACCAGUCAGUCCGAGGGUGGUCCACCGCGGCGGCGAUUGCAGCGGCAGAGGCAACUGCAGCGGCAGAGGCAACGGCGGCGGCGGCAGCGGCAGCGGCAGAGGCGGAGUCAGCGGCGGCAACGGCGGCAGAGAUGGACGUGAUACAAGCGCCAGAGGCAGCGCCGGCUGAGGCAGUGGCGGGGCCGCCGACAGCAGGAGCGGCGGAUGGGCCGGCGAUGGCAGGGAAAAGCGCUGUGACGGCCGCAGCGGCAGCGACGACGCUCAGGGCGACAGCGGCUGAGGCCGGGGCGUCAGCGGCGUCCGUUGGAGGGGCCGGCGCUGCGGCGGUGUCAACGGGCCAGCCUACGCUGCCGUCCACCGCAGCUGCCUUGGAUGCCGACGGCGCCGCGACGUCGCAGGCAGAGCCAGCUGCAGAGGAGCCGCCGCCGCGACCCCCUGCCAGGCCCAAUGCUGACGCGGCCGCCCAGGAAUCAUGGUCGCGUGACGACCUCACUCCGCCCAAGGCAGCCGUACUGCCAGCAAGUGCGAAGCCGCUGCAGUCGGGCACUUUGGAAGCCGCGCGGGUGGAGGGCGCCUUCGACACAUCAGCCGGCCCCGAGCCCUCACAUGGCGUGUCCACGGCCGCCGCCGCCGCACCGACAUUUGCACCAACCCACGACGGCGGCGGCGGCAGCGGCAGCGCUGCCGGCAAGGCGCGGGCCGGCCGCGCCCGGGUUGUGAAGGGCGCUAGUCUGCCGCCCGGGGCCGGCAGGGUGGUAGCUGCACCACCGGACUACCACGACGCGGCAGUCCAGGACCAGGCGCUGGCGGACUGCCUGGCUUUUGCCCGCCUGAUGUACCCGCUGCUUCCUGGCGACGGGCUGCAGCAGCAGCAGCAGCAGCAGCAGCAGCAGCAGCAGCAGCAGCAGCAGCCAAGCGCCCUCCUCGGCGCCAUGCUGGCGGACCCUGAAACACUGCUCUCGGUCCGAGCCGCCGCCGCGGCGCCCGCCGCCCACCGGCCCUUGCUGGCGGCGCUGCGCGGCGACGCCGGGGCCUUCCUGCGCGCCGCGGCGGACGCCGGCACCGUCGACAGCUGGGCCGUGGCGCUGGCCGCUGCCGGCGGUGGGCGGCAGCUGCUGCCGGCCGCGGCGCGGCUCAGCUCUGCGCGAGAGGAAGCCGCGGGCCGCGGCGACGGCCCGGCGGCCGCGGCGCUGAAGCUACUCCUAGCCACGGUGGACGGGGCGGACAGCCCCGCAGUGCAUGGCCUCGAUGCAGCUGCGGCGAAGGCGGGUGGCAGCUAA